AUGGAUCAAGCAAAUAAGCUAUAAUACCAAUAAUAAGUAGAGAAAUACUUAGAAGGAAAUAAGGUGUACAGCAUCUUUGAAGACUUACUCAAAUCUCUUAUUAUUAAAAAACCCGAUGAUCCAAUUGAAUUCCUAAUCAAUAAAUUACAAGAACCAGAAACAAAAAAAAUAUUCAUAAUUGGACCUCCUGGAUCCAAAUUACUUGAACUUUCCCUUACACUUGCUGAAUACAUGAAAUUCCAUUGUGUUUCCCUUGGUGAUUUAAUCAAAAAAGAGUUAAGCAAGAAAUCCGAAUUAAGUUAAUAAAUUUAAGAUUCUUUGGAUAAGUUUCAGUAUGUGAACGAUGAAAUUGCUAUCAAUAUUGCUUUAAAUCAAAUUUAGCAUUUGGAAAAUGAAAAGAAGAGCUAUAUUUUUGAAGGGUUCCCUAAAACUAGAGUCUAAGGCUUAGCAUUUUAAAAGGAAGGAAUCAUUCCUGAUGCCUUUCUCAUAUUGGAAAUGUCAGAGGAGCAGAUCUAUCAAUGUUGUCUCAAAAAAUUGGACACAGAACCAUUCAACAAACUAAGUUAGAAGGAAGAAUUAGCAAGAAAUCAUUCAUUAGAAUACCAGUUGAAUCUUAAAUAAGUUAAGGAAAUCUAUAAAAAUCAGUAUUUCUCUGUUGAUGGAGAAAAACACUAUGAACUCGAAGACAUGGCAUAAAGACUCAAAUAUAAAUUAUAUAACAAUGCACCAACCAGAGCUGGAAGAAUACUUGUCAUUGGACCUCCAGGAUCAGGUAGAUCUACUUUAGCUAAACAUUUAUGUGCAAGAUAUGGAUUUGUCUACAUCUCAACAAGAGAAUUAAUAUCAAAUUUGGUUAAUCAAAAAGGGACUACUGGCAAGGAAGCCUUCGAAAAAAUUAAUAAAGGAGAUCUAGUAGAUGAUAGAAUUAUCAAUGCUCUCAUUAAGGAAAGAAUAAAUUAGACUGAUUGUUAAUUGUAAGGCUAUGUACUUGAUGGAUAUCCUAAAACCUAAUAAUAACUGGAAACAUUAAAUGAACUCAACAUCUAGCCCACUUUAAUUGUCAUUAUUGAUGCUACUGAUGACAUCGUCUUAAGGAGACUAACCUAGCGUAGGACCGACCCUAUAUCUGGAAGAAUCUACAAUUCUAUUGAUGAAGCAGAUAGAGAGGUCAAAUCUAGAUUGAUAAUAGCUCCUAAUGAAAAAAGAGAUGUUGUGCAAUUAAGAUUGAAAAGAUGGGAGGAUUUGAAAUAACUAAUUGAUGGAACUGUAAAAUAUGCUUCAGUCAUUUUCAAGACUUCAGGAGAUGCUCCAAUAAACAACAUUAUUGAAUAAGUCUGUUAUCAUUUAGAGAAAAUGAAUUGA